GUACCUCUAAUUCGAUUGCUUGUCCCCAAAGUCUGCAAAUUCCAGUCUCAGAAAAUGGAAGCUCCGAAGACGAUAGCUCAUGAAAUCGGAGGUGUCCGAAACGAUGCGCUGCGUUUCGGUUUGCAAGGUGUCAAGAGCGAUAUCGUUGGAUCUCAUCCUCUCGAAUCCGCCUAUCAAUCCCAAAGGGAGAUACAGGAGGGGAUGAAGCGAAGAAUCCUUGCUAACACGUACGGAACUGCAUUUCCUUUGAAGAUGGAUCUUGAUGCUCAGAUCCUAUCUAGAUUUCAGAGGCCUCCAGGAGCAAUACCAUCUUCCAUGCUAGGGUUGGAGGCACUAACAGGAAGUUUGGAUAACUUCGGUUUUGAAGAUUAUCUCAAUGACCCAUGUGACUCAGAAACAUUCCGGCCAGCUGACAUGCAUCAUGGAAUGGAGGUGCGACAUGGCAUUUCGAAGGGACCAAUCUGUCCAAGUUUCAUCUAAAAGCGAAGCAUGUUCCAUUGUUAAUGUGACAAAAGGGGAUGAUGGUUUAUUUUGUGAUUGUGGAUCAUGGAUGCCCAUGUUUCUUUGCAUGUCAUUAAACUAAAAUUUCUUAGACCCUGUGAGAUUAAACAGCCGUCUGAGGUGCAUAUGCACUCGUUCUACUUGUUUCUUAGAUAUCACAUUCACCAUCCCACCACAUCAGUGGUAUCUUCCCUUUUUUCUUUUUUCC